AUGAAUCUCUCAACACCUUGUUAUGAUUUGGGAAAAUUUCCUAAUGUAUAUGAACCAAGUGAGGACACUUUUUUAUUCUUAGAUGCACUUGAAGCAGAUGCCGCAUAUUUAAAAAGUACAAAGCCCGAGAUUAUAGCUGAAGUAGGUUCUGGUAGUGGGGUCGUUAUCACUGCUUUGUACCAAAUUUUUGGAACUUCUUGUGCUUACUUUGCUACUGAUAUUAAUCCACAAUGUUGUUUAGCUACUACAUUAACAAGUAAAUUAAAUAACUCCAGAGUGGAAUGUCUUACUAUGGACUUACUAAUUAACUUUAAACCAGCUCUUUUCGAUGUAAUUCUAUUUAAUCCACCAUAUGUUGUUACUGAUAGUCAAGAAAUGUCUGGAUUGGGAUUAAAUCGUUCAUGGGCAGGUGGAAAUUAUGGGCGGGAAAUUAUAGAUAAGUUAAUUAAAAAUUUACCUAAUUUACUUUCUAAAAAAGGUGUUUGUUAUAUGGUUUUAUUGAAAGAAAAUUGUGUUAAUGAUAUUGUUGAAAUGGCGAAAAUAAAUGGAUUUGAAAGUGAAAUAGUUAUUCAAAGGAAAAUUCCAGGAGAACAUUUGUAUGUCUAUAAGUUCUUUCGAUCAGUGUAA